UCUUCUCUCGUCCUCUGCCUUUUCUCUCCUCUCUGUUCUCUUGCUUCGAUUCUUCUCUCUUUUCUAGCGUAGGCACAGCAGCGCAGGUACUCGAGCCACGGGCGGGGUGAUGGAGGCCGACGGGAGGAAGGAGGGCGAGACGCCGGCGGCGGCAGCGCAGAGGGGCGCGGCGUGGUUGGGCGUGUCCGUGCAGGAGGGGCUGCAGUACGCCAAGGCCGGCGUGGUCGGCGCGGUGCAGCAGGCGAUGGCGGGGAGCGAGGAGGAGGCGGCGCAGGCGGACCUGCGCGCGGCCAAGGCGCAGGUGGAGGCCACCGACGAGGCCGAGGCCAAGAAGAAGCACCUCGCCGGCUGAUCCAGGUCACCACUCACCACGGCGUGACUGUGCGAGAUUGAUGGGUUGUAUGGAUUUCAUUUGGGUUAGGUUCUUGACUUCUAGCCUUACGACGUGGUUUGUAAUAAAAUGCAUCUGAACUUUGUAACAAAAUACAUCUGAACUUUGUUACACGAUGUCAGGAAGUGUGGUUUGUGACUA